AUGAAUGUUAAUUCGGAAUUACAGGAGGAAAUAGAAGUUUAUGAGCGCUAUUAUAAAUCUAGACUUAUAAACAAGAAAAGCAAAACAAAAGGUGUCUACGAUCCUGUUAUCACGUUUUACAAAAUGAUAUCGGAUGAAAAUUACCGCGUUGACUCAUUAUCAUCAUUUAUCCAGAAAGAAGUUGAACCAGAAUAUGCACGAGAGUCUAUUGCGUUGUAUUUACAUCUCACAGACAAAAUUUCUGUUGAAUCAUUAGAAUUCGUAAGAGUUUUUGUUACAACAAGAUCGAAAAACAUUACAAAAGAAACAUACAAGAAUAUUCGUACCAAAAUUUUCCGAAUUUAUGCAAAAGUUGCCUAUCAAUUCCCUAACGAACUAAAACUUUUUAUUAGAAACCAGAAAAGUAAAAAUUUUCCGGAGAUAAUAUGGCAAUAUUUCAAUUUUUUCUUCAUGUAUUUCUCAUCAUUAAAGCCAGGAGGUUUUAAUCGCUUUGAAAUCCUUUCUAAGCCUGUAUUUCGCAUUCUUGCGCAAGAAUUCAGAACAAUACUACAGACAGGAAAGAAUCCCGCUCCAAUUUCGUUCCUUUGGGAUAUAUUUCCGACAUUAUUUAACUUAAUCAUCAAAGAAGCUGGAACGCAGCACACAACUAUCUUCGAGUUUCUCAAGUUCUGCGUCAAUACUUUCAUCGCAGAAUUCUAUCAAGAUUUUUACGAAAGAUUUGACAUAAUUUCUAGUACUUUUUACACAUUUACAGCCAUUUACUCGAACUGUACGCCAGCGCAGAAGGAAAUAAUCUCAAAUUGCGUUGCUUCUACCUGCUUUUUGUUCACAAAAGCUGAUCUUCCAAACGAAUCUUCGAUUAUCAAUAUGGGAUACACAUGUUUCGAGUUCAAUAUCAAGAACCACGAUGUCAAUUUCAAUAAAAUAGUUACUUCAUGCGUCUCUUUUUUGAGAUGGGCUUGCGAUAAAUGCAUAAUCAAAAAUAUUGUGAUUCCAAAGAUAGAUCCGAACGCAAGUAUCGUUUCUGAGAUACAAUCUAAGCCUUGCAAGUUCCUUUCUCUAUCAGAAUUCAAAGAACAUAUGAACCUUUCGAGAAGAUUUUCUGAACCGACGUCAAUUUCAGUUAUUCGCGAGUUUUCGGAGCAAAAUCCUGGACUUUACUCAGCAAUAUUGCUUUUGCGUGAAAGAGUAAUCGGUUCUCCUGAAUUAUCUCAAAUUUUAUGUAAUGAUAUCAUGAAUCAACUAAGGGAGAUCAAAAAUACCGACAUUUACCAUUCAUUCUUGUGCAUUUCGUUGGUUUUGAUCCAUCCAAUCAACGAGUUUUGCCUUAAAGAAGCAAUUAAGAACGAUUGGUCCAUAAUUGUCGACCGCCAGCUCUUCUGUACGCAAGUUGACCCUAAUAAUAAGGACAGAAUUGCUGUUUUCAUUAAGCAAAUGCAAGAUUACAUAAUUUAUUUCUUAUCUGAACGUUGCAAGAAGGGCCAUAACAUCUUCAACCUUGUUUUCCAGUCAUUAAGCUCCAAAUUAACAGAAUACGGAGACUUUUUUGUGAUGAAUAUCUUUCCUGUUUUUGAAUAUCUACUUAAUGACAUUCCAGACAUAUUCAUUCCAGCAUAUUUGAACUCCUUUGCAUUCCAAUAUGCAACAACAUAUAUCUCAAAGUCCCCACAAACGCUUUUGAGCUACAAAUUGUUCUCAUUUUUGCAAGCACUCACAAUUACAUCACCGGAAUCAAUCCUAGACAUGCAAGUUUAUACAGAUUUGUGUCUCCGACUCGUAAUUCUUGCAAAUUACCAAGAUGUAGUAAAAUCAAUGUUUUUCUCAUUGAUAAGAGACAAUAAUACAAUCGGAAUGGUCAGAUUCACCUCAUUUGUGGCACUUUUACUCGAACAAGCCAUGAAAAAUGUAGAAAGUUAUGGACAAAUCGCGAUUACAUUUGUUCAUGCAAUGAAUAACAACAUGGCAGCGCUCAAUCACCCAGAUAUCGGCAAUGUAAUCAAAACAUCUAUAAUUUAUAAUGCUGCGCAGCUUCCACAAGUCACAGGAAAUCCAAAUGACGUAAAAUUAGUUCUCAGUUUGAUCAAAAACAUAUUCUACACGUAUCCUAUGUUCACAGAAUAUUUGAUUCCGAGGUCUGCCCGCUUGGCAACCACUCUUUCCCAGACAGUUUCUCAAGUAGAUCUCGAUUCUCAGAUAUUAGACGAACUGACGUCAAUUUUGUUCGGCGUAAACUCGAAAUUCAGGGAGAUAAAGACGAUCAGGAUCUAUGGAAUCAUGAGCGUCCUCAUGAAUUCGAUAAAAGGAAAACCAGAAGAAUUAUCUGUGUUAGAAUGGAUAUAUGACUUAGAGAGAACGAGUCGUCUGAACGCGUUAUUGUGUUGCGACGGUGGUUUGAUGUCGAUUUGCCUUGGAAGAUUAAGUCAUUUGCAACAAAAUGAGAAAAACUUGACAUCAAUCAUUCUUAACAUUGUUACAAGUUUAUUCGAGCAAUUCCCAUCCACAUCAUUCAUGCUCCAAUUGCUUCCUGCAAUGAAAGCGUCCAUUCAAAGCGAGGAAAAAGUCUGGCCACUUUACGUUCUAUCGUUCUUAAAGAGAUUAUCUGCAGAGCAAGAAAUAUUAUGUGAGCCAAGUUACGUUGCUUUAUCAUUCCCCGAAACAUAUAUAAAGAUUCCGGACUCUUCUUUACCGGAUAAUAUCUUUAAUAUGGACUGGACGUUCGUAACAACGAUCAGAUUGAGUUCUAACAGUGUUAAAGGAAGUGCGUUUCCACUUCUUUACAUUGGAGAUAACAAUGAAUCGUUUUUAGUCUUAAUUAAAGACAAUUUGUUGUCAUUAUCAAUCAAAUCGACCAAAUCCCACAGUAUGCAGAUCUUCAACUUCAAUUUCGAGAACGACUGCUGGUUCCAUGUUGAGUUAGCUUUCGGAAUGAACGAAAUUUCUCUUUAUGUCGACUUCCAAAAGAUCGAAACCCAAAAGAGAACCUUGUCACAGCUUCCUAAACCUAUGCAUUUCCUCAUUGGCUCGUACAACGACUCCAAAAUCGUUAAAAAGAGUUAUGCAGAUAUAUCUAACACAUAUAUCUUCUCGGGAUUGACUGUUGCCAAGAUCAAUCCAAGGACAGAGUUCAAUACUGUCGAUUUCACCAAUUCCAUUGUCUGUUUCAACAUUGCGAACACCACAAAACACUAUGGAAAUAUCCCGGCGAAUUCCCCUUACAUCGACACUGCAAAUUUGAGGGGAUUCUUCGUGCCACCUCCUGUUUCAUUUUCCACUUUGUUUACAAACGAUAUCGUUUGGAAUUCCUUCAUUGUUGUUUAUUUCGGAGCGACAAUGGCCAUUGGUUCUGACUUUGGCGUUGAAGAUCCAUUAGUUCUUCUUCCAAUCAUCAUGGAAAACAUCAUUUCCAGUUCUGUUGAAUGUGAAAAAUGUUUCGAUGGAAUGAACGGUUUCUCAGAAAUUUCAUCGAACUUCACAAAAUUGAAUAGACAUUUGGAUGAGUCAAUUUUUGUGUCACUUUUCAAACUAUUGAAGUGUCUUAAAUUAGACAAAUCCAAAAUCAACUGCAUCAAGUUUUUAUGGAUGAAUCCUAAACUCCACAAAGUAAUUACAAAAGAAGCUGUCACUUUUUGUAUUAAUGUAUUAACAGAAGUCAGUGUCAAUGAGCCACAAAUCAUCAUGGAAGUAUUAGGGCAACCAUUUGUUGUUGAGUUUAUCAACCAAUUGAUACCGAACAACAAAGUUAUUGAUAAAAUCCCUGAUUACGUGCAAUCUUUGAUCCAUAUUUUCUUCAAAUUGAUACAAGAAAAAGGUCAAGAGAACCACGUUUCUGUUUUAAUGGAUACUUUAAUGUCUUCUGCACAUAAUGACAUAAAAGCUGAAGCAUUGAAUGCAUCAUUAAAAAUGAUGAUGCAUAAUUCAAAAUCAAUUGUUGUUGUUUUGAAGCAACUUGGUUUUGCAACACCAUUUUUACAAUUGAUGCAUAACAAAGAUCCGAAGAUCCAUCUCAGUGCUUUGAAAUGCUUCAAGAAUGGUGCUGAAAUAACUAAUGUUUCCGAUGAAGAAAUCAUGGUUUCAAUCCUUAGAUUGACUGAAUCAAUGGAUGAACUUCAAUUUGACGCGUCUGACAUAUUUUUAGACAGUUUCGAGUACAUGUUUAAGAAUAAAACAGACAACGUCGAUGUUCCAAGAAGGAGAUCAAGUGCAAAUGAUAAACCAUUGCCCAUGAAAUCCCAUUACUUCUUCCCUCUUUUCGCAGCUGCUUCAACAACAACUGAAAGAGAUAUCGUAAAACAAUCGAUUUCGGAUCUCACGAAAUCAUUAAUUACGUAUCCUGAUGCUUGUUCAUGCAUGACAUCUAUACCUUUCUGGCCAUAUUGGAUUAUUAUCCUUUGCCAGAGUGGUUUGGAUUCUUCGGAAGUAUUAAAGAGCUUCAGAGAAAUAGCAAAUUGCAUUUUGUUGAGCUCAUUUAAAUCGGGGAACUUCACGCCCGUAAAACAAGCACUUUCCAUGUUAGAUACAGUUUCUUUCUAUUUGAAAGUUGACUUAUUGGAAUGCAAGUCUGCUAUUCUUUAUUCAGCUGCACAAUCUUUCAAAGAUGGUCGUGAAUCAUCUGAAUCUUUCAAAGCUUUCGCAGCUUCAGUUUUUCAAUUGAUAUUUGUCCGGCCAAUUGUCAAAUUUGACAGACGGAUUGAACUCCGUUCAAAUCCAUUUAGGCUUGUUGCUCUUGAGAAAGAGAGAUCCAACAUCUCUAAGAUCAAAGGAAGUGAUUUAAGUUUCCACAUGUUGAUGGAUGAAGAAAACAAACCAAAAGAUUUAGAGUUGAUGAAAUCAGCAUUAGACGCACUAGAAAAAUGGAUUCAAAUAUCACAUAGAGAAGUAAUUAUUGAUGAUCUUUUGUAUAAUGUCAAUAUGUACAGUUACUUAGUUUGUAUUUUGAUGCAGCGGAUGCCCGAAACAGCAGAAGAAUUAGCUUUGAGAUUCAUUGCUUCAUAUGAUUUCAUUCCAAACACAGGAGAUACAGAAGAGGAACAUUCUGCACUAGGCAUCUUCCUUUUUAUUGCAAAUAAAAUGGGAUUCAAUUGGGAUAAAGUAAAGACGUUGAAUGAGAAAUUCAACUUCUUCAAUGAUGAUGAAGACUCCCCUGAACUACAAAAGUAUUUAUUCGAAGAACAGAUCAACCAGAAUUUAUCAAAACUUUUCCUUGUUAAUUUUGUUUAA